AAAGGUGCCACGCGCUUUACAGUGCUCUGUUCUGGUGUCCUGCUGCUCUGUUCAAGGUGCUUGGGGACAAAUGGCCUUGGUUACAACUGCUGAAGUCUGCGAUGCACACUCAUCGCUCAUUGUAAGUGGUGAGCUUCGGGUGCUUGAGCCGAUCUUCCAGAUAUAUGGGCGGCGACCGGUCUUCUCUGGACCAGUAGUUACCCUGAAGGUAUUUGAAGACAAUGUUCUGGUUCGUGGGUUUCUUGAGGAGAAAGGCAAUGGCAGAGUUCUUGUUGUGGACGGGGGUGGAAGCAAGCGGUGUGCAAUAUUAGGUGGCAACCCUGUAGUUCAAGCUCAGAAUAAUGGCUGGGCUGGUAUAGUGGUCAAUGGCUGCAUAAGAGAUGUUGAUGAGAUUAAUGGCUGUGACAUUGGGGUGAGAGCUCUGGCUUCUCAUCCAAUGAAAGCCAACAAGAAGGGAACAGGAGAGAAGCAAGUACCAAUAACCAUAGCUGGGACAAGGAUCACUGAUGGGGAAUGGCUUUAUGCAGACACCGAUGGAAUUCUAAUUUCUCAUACUGAGCUAUCUGUGUGAUCCUCAACACCCUUUGGAACUGUUUUCUGAACCCUUUGGAAUUGAUCGUCUCCCUUGGAAAACAAGCAAAGGUCUGGAUGUAUGUUUUUUCUGUAGUUGCUCUACUAUUGUAACUUGGUUGUAUUGCUGGUCUUAAUUGCGGUAACUUUCCUGUAUUCAGUAACUUGCAAGAUGAUCUAUCUAUUGUUCUGGUUUCUGUUUGUCUUUACCAUUUUAAAUCAGCUGAAAUUAUAUCUUCUAUCUGCGAGUCUUGUUGUACUCUACAUCUUAAGCAAUGACAAUGUUGCCUUGACAUAUA